AUGUCGGCGAUCCAGUCGAUGCCGGAUACAAACAAGCACGCCUGGCUGCAGUCCACCGUCCGUAAUCUGGGCUCCUAUGCCCAAUCAAGCACUCCCUCCUACACCCUCGCUGCCCUCUUCGCCCUCUCCACACCCUUCGGAUUCGCCUCUCCAGCCCAAGUCGCCGCUGAAGCCGCCGCAAAGCUUCAACGGCAACAAGCUUUCUCCCAAGCUUCCGCUUACGCUUCCUCACGAGGCUCCUCUAGCCUUGUCGCCCGCAUAGUUGCAUCCCAACGAGCCGCAUCAGUAUCGGCGUCCUUCGCACCAGUUCGCACUGUUCCUCCAUUCUGGCAACUAGCCUUCUUCGCCGCAGCAUUCGGUACAGGCGGAUACAUAAUCGAUCAAGGAGACGCACUCAAUGGUAGCGGUGUGGUCACAGCUUGGUCGCUUACCUACCUCCUCUUUAAGACUGCUCCUUCGAUCAAACAGCUGCCUCGCAAUCCGUUGGCAGCCGCACUCUCAACAGCUGUACUGACGAUCGGCUUGGGUGUGCAUGCAAGUCAUUACUUCGAUAGCACUAGCUGGAGAGGAGCCCUUCCGACUUUGGCUGGCAACGAGUGUCAGGAUGGCAAAGGGGCAAGAUCGAUGCUCAUUUCCUUCGACAGAGUUGGCAGUACAGGGGCGAUUGGUGCCCCCACAAGUAUCUUUGCUGGCAGAACUACGCCAGUUGUAAGCUCAGAUACCGGUCGAGAAACAGAGACAGGUGUCUCGCAGAUCGUCGCGACACCUGGCUUGACGAGAAACAACGACGAGGCGAGAGCAGCUGCCUAUUUGCAGCGUCAAGGGCAAUCAGCGUCGGCUCGCGUGAUUGUAUGA